AAGGAGCAACGCCUUAGGUCGCCAGAGAAGCUGAAUACGGAGGUCCCCCCAAAUCCAAGCGACGGGGAGAAAGGUUUAAUCGGGAUGGAUCCAUUUACUGAGAAGCUCCUGGAGCGCACCCGAGCCCGCAGGGAGAACCUGCAGAGGAAGAUGGCUGAGAGGCCCACGCCCGCCAGCAGACAGAUGGUCAAGAGGACCAGAGAGCCGCUGACCGAGGCCAACGGCCCAGGCGAGCUGGCCAGCGAGAACGCCCCGCCCUCCACAAAGCCGUCCCCCUCCAAGCGCAGGUGCUCCUCUGAAAAGGAUCGUCCCGUCGCGGGGUCGGAGAACUGCGAGCCCCCGGUUGCCAUGGCGAAGGACCCUGUGACAGAUAAGAAGCCCCCGGUGGCGCCCGUGAGCGGCCGGCCCACCUCCUCACUGGAGAGGAGCGCCCCACGCCCCGUCCCGGAGAGGAGGGACACGCCCGAGCCAGCGCCCGAACACAGUGAUGUCAGCGGCGGUGACGCGGGAACCGCGGUGUCCGGCAUGCGGUCACGCCUGCAGAGACUGGCCCAGCAGAGGCAGUACUGGGACAGCGACGCUGCUCCAGAUGGCGCCCCGGACAGCUCCACCCCCUCUCCCGUGAAGACGCAGCGUCAGGAGGCGUGCCCCGCCCCCGUGUCCUCCGAGGCUCCCGUCGGGAGGCGGGGCCGGCUGGCCAACCUGGCCGCCACCAUUGGCUCCUGGGAGGAUGACCUCAGCCACUCGGCGCCGCGGAGAGACAAUGCACAAACGCAGCCUGGUACCGCCUGUUUACCCGCUCCGGCCCGCGAGACCCCCGGCAUCGGCGCCAAGGCCAGCGCCACGGCAACCCGCCCGCAGCCUGGAGCCGCGUCCGACAGCAAGCCCGGCAGCUCUGCGAAACAGACGCUCCAUUCCCCUGUGAAGUCCACCAGAGUGGCCUUCCCGAACCCCCAGAAGGCGGAGCUUCCCGAGGUCAGGCCCGCUCCUCAGGCGGGGCGGGGCGUGUCCGCCAGCCCUCUGAAAACCACAGCCCCUCCCCCAUCCAGCCCCACUGCACUGCAUUCUGGGAGAACCUUCCCCGCCAGUCCUCAGAAAGCGGGGCUCUCAAAGCCAGAGCCGACCCGCUCUGAUUCCCAGACUCCCCUGCGGAGCCCAGGGCCCGCCCGACAGCCCGACUUGAGCCGGGACGCCCACCCCAGCCCCAAGAAGCCCGAGCUGCUGGCCAAGCCAGCGGUGCCCCCCGCCUCCCUGUCCAGAGAGGCCACACCCCUUCAGAGAGGCCCCGCCCACACCCCAGCCACCGGAGGAGCAGGUGUGAAGUCAUUCCUGGAGCGUUUUGGGGAGAGGUGCCAGGAGCGCUCCACCCAUAACUCCCCCUCCACCACACCGGGCCAGAGGACUCCUGGGGUCACCCCCAACACUCGCCUGGUCCAGGACCGGCUGAAGAACACCCAGGUGGUCACGGCCACCGCCGACCUGACCCUGAAGCAGAAGCUGGAGCGGGAGAAGGAGCUGGCACAGAUCCGCAGCCGCUUCCAGAGAGGCAACAUGUGGAAGAGCGACAGAGACCCUGAGGAAAAGGAGCUGCCACAGCCUCCAGCAGAAAGCAAGACUGAGGAGGAACCCACAGCGCCCCCUGCGGACACAGUGGGCACUGCAGGGCUUGAAAGUGUGGGUGCAACCACCUCCACAUCCAGCUUGUUGGAAAAGGAAGAGUUUUCAUUGGAGAAGAGGACUGUGGAGGAAGAGAGGGAGAAAGAGGAGCAUGCUGAUCCUGAGGUUGUGCGUGAGAUUGAGAUGAACGUGGACGAGGUGAACAGCUCCGAGGUCAUCAAUGAGCUCUUCGAGGGCGUUCUGGAGGACAGCAAGGGGCAGAGCACUGCAGGAGAGGAGGAGGAGGAGGAUGAAGAGGAGGAGGAUGGGGACGAAGAUGCUCUGAACAUCUCCUCCAUGUCUCUGCUGACCCCCCUGGUAGAGACAGUUGCUGCUGUAGCAAGAAGCCCAGAGAUGAAGCUGAUGACCUCCACCCCGGCGAGCUCUUUCUGUGAGAAGAGCAGGACCCCUGACGGUAACUCUCGCCCCAGUAAGUUCCAGAGAGCGCGUGUCGCCCGGGCUGGUGCGCCUGACGGCCCCGAGGACGCGGCUUCCGCUGACGAGGACCACAACCUGCCCUACAGCAUCGACGCGUACAGGUCGACCAGGAUCAAGGAGACGGAGAGGCCGCACGUGCGGCAGGUGAUCGUCAGGAAGGAGGAUGUCAGUCAGAAGGGGGAGGAGCCAGCGCGGCCCAAUCACGUCAGCAUCAAGCAGAGGAUGAAGGUCCUGAGCAAUGAGAUGAACCUGCAGCAGACGGUGAUCCACCAGGCCAGUCAGGCCCUCAACUGCUGCACUGAUGAGGAGCAUGGGAAAGGCUCCCAGGUGGAGGCCGAGGCCGAGAGGCUGCUGCUCAUCGCCACUGAGAGACGCGCAGCGCUGAAAGCGGAGUUGGACCGUCUGAAGGGGGAGGGUCCCGCAGGUCAGAAGAAGGCGUCGGCUUCCUCCAAACCUCAGGACGACACAGGAAUGUCCGCCUCCAGGGGGACAGUCUCCCUGCUGGAGCUCCGCCUCCCGCUGAAGGCUGACUUUGUCUGUGCUGCUGCUAACAAACCAGAGUCGGCCAGUUAUUACUUCUUCAUCAUGAUCCGGGCGGGGGCAGAGAACACGGUGGCCACGCCCCUGGCGAGCACGAGGAACGCCCUGAGCGGAGACGCCCUCACCUUCUCCACCAGGUUUACGCUGCCUGAUGUUUCAAAUGACUUUGAAAUCGACGUUGAAGUUUACUGCCUGGUCCAGAAGCGGGAGGUGUACUCUGAUAAGAGGAAGAAGCCCAGCAAAUCAAAGGCGAUCACUCCCAAACGACUCCUCACCUCCAUCACGAAGAGCAAUCUCCAGACCCCAGUGAUGGCUAGCCCAGGCGGCCCCAACGCUGUCCGCACCAGCAGCUUCACCCUCGUCGGGUCCCACAAACUCACGCUGGCCUCCAUCGGCAAAAACAAGUUCCCCCUCGAGAAGAUCAAUGUUGAAGGCACCGAGAGACAGCUUCUCAGUGACUUGUUUCAGUAUAAGGUGCCCUUCCUGUGCCCGCUGGAGGGACACGUGUACCUGAAGCUGCAGUGCGAGGUGGGCUCUCGCCUGGAGGAGAGGGGCUUCCUGACGAUGUUCGAGGACGUCAGCGGCUUCGGAGCCUGGCACAGGAGGUGGUGUGUUCUUUCAGGAUACUGCAUCUCGUACUGGACCUACCCGGACGACGAGAAACGCAAGAACCCCAUUGGUCGGAUUAACCUGGCAAACUGCACGAGCCGGAAGGUGGAGCCGGCGAACAGGGAGUUCUGCGCCCGGCCCAACACCUUCGAGCUGAUCACCGUCAGGCCACAGAGGGAGGACGACAAGGAGACGCUGGUCAGCCGCUGCAAGAACACCAUGUGUGUCACCAAGAACUGGCUGAGCGCUGACACCAAGGAAGAGAGAAACCUGUGGAUGCAGAAGCUCAACCAGAUCCUGGUGGACCUGCGCAUGUGGCAGCCAGACUCCUGCUACAGGCCUUUGUGAGGGUGCCACCUCCUGGACUGGAGGUCAAAAGACACCCUCGCCCUCUUCCUCCCCAGUCGCCUUCCACUGACUAACAUCAGUGACACUUUAAAAAUAAAGAGUGCAAUAGAGGACACAACUUCGAGGAUUUACACAUGGAUAUUUUUAGAGCAGCAUUUUAAAGUGGACUCUAAAGUUACAGAACAUGGGAAGAUAUUUAAUAAAGCCAUACUUUAUAGACAUUUCAGUAUUGAAGGGGGCCGGUUCUGGCCCACUCUCGUCUGUUCUUGAUUAGAUUUCAGAACUGAACAGGCCAAAUUCCCCCUGCGGGAUUUUGAGU